AUGAAUGAUAGGCAGCAAUACAUGAGCGACUAUGGAAUGACUCUCAGUACAGCAAACAACCGAAAUGCUUCUCAAAAGUCUGGAAGGCUGCCGUUGAGCUCGUUGGGCCAAUUCUACCACUCUGCAAUCCAAGUGUACCCUCCAGAACAUCCGAACCUCCAUCGACACUUCAUCAAUCAUCUGAUAAUGCCUCGCAAAGGGAAACAACCAGCAAAGAGACCAUCAACACCAGGGAAAGCAGUGACACUGCCAGUACGACCGACCGCCAGCGCCACAGCAGCACCCUCCACCGCAGGUACUACCAAGACCAUACCCACCGCACCCGACGAUGACACCAGAGAGGCUGUUGAGGCGCGAGUGAUAAUCAGAACGAUGAAAACCUUACUGAACAUCGGCACCUGCGCCAUUAUGAGCUACAUGGGAACAGUUCCAAUGGUCAGAAACAUGCGUUGGGUCGACGAUGGUACAAUCCCAUCGCAUUACAACAUCUCGACAAACGCGGCUAUGUGGGAAGCACAGAUGGAGUUACAGCUCCGUACCAUCGCCGAGACCAACCUGUCUUUAGCUCUGACCUGCGCUGAUCUAAUGGCCUUACCGCGCUACGGUCACUACGAAAAGGUCCCUAGCUUCAUGUCGCUGAUGGAAGCGGCGGUGACAGAGUGGGACCGUAUUGCAGGACCUGCAGGGCUGCUUGCAGCAGAGCUUCACCUCAUACCAACAUUUCCGGGAAAUCCCAAAUGCGUGAGAGGAGGUGACUUACCCAGCCAUGAUUUCUUGGGACAGUUACAGUCUGCGUUUCACGAGCUGACGAUGAAGCAUAAUGGAGUCGCGACUCAAGGCAAAGUUGGUUGGAAGAACGUUCUUUCAGACAUGGAGCCAGUGCUAAACACACGGGAUGAUUCCUGA